AUGGAUGCUAUAGCCACGACGACCUUGCCAGAGAACCUAAUCCCAGAUCUCGGUAGCCCAGAAUGGAUGAGCAAAGGCGACAACGCCUGGCAGCUGACGGCGGCGACUCUGGUGGGCCUACAGAGCAUGCCGGGCCUAGUCAUCCUCUACGGCAGCAUAGUAAAAAAGAAAUGGGCUGUCAACUCGGCCUUCAUGGCUUUCUACGCCUUCGCCGCCGUCUUAGUUUGUUGGGUGGGCUGGGCCCACGAGAUGUCUUUCGGCAAACCACUCCUACCUUUUUUGGGUCAGCCCAAUCCUGCUCUGGCCACUAAUUACCUUCUUAAACAAGCUUUUUUGGGCCAAAUACCGAACGCCACCAUGGUGUAUUUCCAGUUUGUGUUUGCGGCCUUAACUUUGAUUUUGGUGGGCGGGGCCUUGUUGGGCCGGAUGAGCUUCAAAGCAUGGAUGAUGUUCGUGCCUCUUUGGGUUACGCUAUCGUACACAGUGUGUGCAUACAGUAUAUGGUGCCCCACUGGUUGGCUCUCAAAGCUGGGUGUUAUUGAUUACUCUGGUGGCUUUGUCGUUCAUUUAUCUUCAGGUGUAGCUGGUUUCACCGCAGCUUAUUGGGUGGGGCCUAGGUGGACUAAAGACAGGCAGAGGUUUCCGCCGAACAAUCUGCUAUUGAUGUUGGCAGGAGCAGGACUACUGUGGAUGGGGUGGACAGGAUUCAAUGGUGGAGAUCCUUACACCGUGAGUGCCGAUGCAUCUCUAGCCGUCCUUAACACCCACGUGUGUACAGCCACAAGCCUGCUGACGUGGCUGCUGCUUGAUAUCAUUUUCUUUGGAAAACCUUCUGUAAUUGGGGCUACUCAGGGCAUGAUCACAGGCCUUGUUUGCAUCACCCCUGCUGCAGGAGUAGUACAAGGGUGGGCAGCCAUAAUAAUGGGAAUGAUGGGAGGAAGCAUCCCAUGGUACACAAUGAUGAUCCUCCACAGAGAAAUAAAUCUCCUCAAGCAAAUAGACGACACCAUGGCAGUCUUCCACACCCAUGCAGUCGCUGGCUCCCUAGGCGGCAUUCUCGCCGGCCUAUUCGCUGAGCCAAAGCUCAGCCGACUCUUCUACGCUAUCCCCAACUCCCAACGCUACAUUGGACUCUUCUACGGCAUCCAAAACCGCCAGUACAAGGCCGGGUUUCGACAACUUGGCGUUCAACUUCUGGGAAUAGUAUUUGUUGUUUUUCUAAAUGUCAUUGCCACCACUGUGGUAUGUUUGAUUAUUAGAUUGGUGGUUCCACUUAAGCUCGCUGACGAUGUGUUACAUAGUGGAGAUGAUGCCAUUCAUGGAGAAGAGGCUUAUGCUUUAUGGGGUGAUGGUGAUAAGUAUAGCUUUGUUCACGCCGUUAAAGACCUCGCUCCGCCGCAGGAACUUGUGCCUGUAGUCACCGAUGAAACUAGAGUUGAUACUCAAGCUCAAACCUCAUAAAUGUGGGCUCAUGUUGUUAAUUAAUAAUAUUUUAUGCUACAUCGUUUUUAAUGUUAUUAUUACUAUUUUUUUUUGUUGACCUAA